AUGGCGUCGUCCCUACCAUCUUUUCCGCCAUUCGACGUGGACGAAGACCAAUCAUCAGUGGGACCUCGCUGGGCCAAAUGGGUCAAUCGCUUUGACAAUUUCUUAGCAGCACUCAACAUCACCGAUGAUGCACGACGAAAAUCCCUGAUUCUCCACUACGGUGGAGAACGCGUGUUUGAAAUCUUCGAUACUCUCGACUCAAACAUCCGUGUAAAAACACCUGCCGCGGCGGGAGUGGCUGCAGUUAACGAGACCAUCUACGAAGCAGCACGGCGUGCGUUAAAUGACCACUUCGCACCCAGAGUGAACACGGAUUUUGAAAUGUUUACAUUUCUUCUUCGACAGUCUCGACAGCACGACGGUGAGUCCUUCGAUUCAUUCCACACGCGACUCCAACAAUCCGCAAAAAACUGUGGCUUCACCGACAAAGAUAGGGAGAUCAAAGCCCAAUUGACAAUAGGGUGCACCUCAACCGAGCUGAGACGAAAAAUACUGGAAAAACCAGCAAUGACACUGGACGGUGUACUGACCAAAGCAAGAGCUUUAGAGGCUGCAGCCACCCAGGCGAACAAAAUGGAAAAGGAAAUGGAUCAAACAGCCCUGGCGAUGCGGCAAAACAAAUCAACUCGAGACCAGCCAAAAUGGCGGAACAAACAGAGUCAACACGACACAACCAACCAGCCAAACCAACCCACGGACAGACGAAGCUGCUCAUUCUGUGGUGGCCAGUUCCACCAACGAUUAUCAACAUGCCCUGCCCGCUUUCAUCAGUGCAGCAACUGCCUGAACAUUCACCACUUCGAACAGUUCUGUCGUUCACCCUGGAGGGAGCGAGCUAACCAAUCCAACAGCAGCAUACUCAAACAGCAGACCAAAUCCUAUCACCCUACGAAACAAAAGGAAAGAGCAAACGUUACGAUCGUCGAAAAAUCCGACUCCGAGUCCGAAGACGAAAACGCGUUUCAAAUCACGGCCAAAGGUCUCCGAAGCGCUCGAUUUGAAGUUGCCGUUAACAACGUCAACAUUCCAGUCAUCGCGGACUUCGGAUCUACAGUAACUCUCCUAGAUCAACAAGCCUACCGCCACCUCGGAAAGCCACAGUUAACGGCUACAUCAAUUAAGAUAUUCACGUACAACUCAAAAGAACCACUGCCCCUGAAAGGAACAGCCUACAUCUGUCCGGGGGACGGUGGAAAUCUGUUGAGCGGGAAAAUGGCCUCUAAACUAGGUCUGAUGCACAUGACCAACGCAGUGUCGAUCCAGGAGGACACCAGCAACAUUUUCAACAUCCGUCAAGCCGGUAGCCAACACUCAUCGUCGCAUUCCACUCCAUCUCCACCAGUCGAAAAGGAACUCAAACACUUGGUUGAAAUGAACAUCAUCGAGCCAGUCGACGGCCCAACUCCAUGGGUCUCUCCUACAGUAGUCACCACGAAGCCGCACGACAAUACCAAAAUUAGAAUCUGCGUCGACGUGACAGAAGCUAACAAAGCUAUUGAGAGGGAACGUCACGUCACACCCACGCUAGAUGACAUCUUAUCCGAUCUAGACGGAGCAGUGAUGUUCUCACCAGCCUUGGACCUGGCUCACGGCUAUCAUCAACUGGAGCUGGAUGAAGAAAGCCGAUUCAUCAGAACUUUCUCUACUCACGUUGGACUCUGGCGGUACAAACGUCUAUUCUUCGGUGUCAAUUCCGCAGCGGAGGUGUUUCAAAAUGCCAUUCGCCAGACCCUCACUGGAUUAGAUGGUGCCAUAAACGUCAGUGACGACAUUCUUGUAUGGGGAAAAAGCACGGAAGAACACGACCGCCGCCUCAACGCGGUAUUAUAA